GGGAACUGUACUCUGGCAAGAUGCUCUCUGUCUGGUGUGGCUGGCAGCCAGGGACUGGCUUACACCAACAGCAGGAAGCUUGUAGUAAAUAGCUCCAGUGUCUUCACUGUCCGUUACUUCAGAACCACUGCAGUACGUAGGGAUGACGUGGUUACGGUGAACACACCAGCCUUUGCAGAGUCAGUCACAGAAGGAGAUGUCAGGUGGGAGAAAGCUGUUGGAGACACAGUGGCAGAAGAUGAAGUGGUGUGUGAAAUUGAAACAGACAAGACAUCAGUGCAAGUUCCAGCCCCAGCAGCUGGUGUGAUUGAAGCUCUUCUGGUACCUGAUGGUGGCAAAGUGGAAGGGGGGACACCUCUGUUCAAACUCAGGAAAACUGGAGCUGCUCCUGCCAAGGCCAAACCAGCAGCAGCCCCUCCUCCUCCUGCAGCCCCUGAACCUGUAGCUGCGGCUGCUCCUCCCCCUGCUGCAGCACCAAUUCCCACUACAAUGCCACCAGUGCCACCUGUGUCAACUCAGCCCAUCGACAGCAAACCAGUGUCUGCGGUGAAGCCGGCUGCAGCCCCAGCAGCAGCCCCUCCUGGGGAGGCAGUGCCCAGCAAAGGUGCCAGAUCAGAGCAUAGGGUGAAAAUGAAUAGGAUGCGUCAGCGUAUUGCUCAGCGGCUGAAAGAGGCUCAGAAUACUUGUGCCAUGCUGACCACUUUCAAUGAGAUCGAUAUGAGCAACAUCCGGGAGAUGAGAGCCGUACACAAGGAUCCGUUCCUGAAAAAGCACAACCUGAAGCUAGGUUUCAUGUCAGCUUUUGUGAAAGCUGCAGCUUUUGCUCUGCAAGACCAGCCCGUUGUGAAUGCAGUGAUUGAUGACACGACCAAAGAGAUUGUGUACAGGGACUACGUGGACAUCAGUGUCGCUGUAGCAACUCCCCGGGGUCUUGUGGUCCCUGUCGUUAGGAAUGUAGAAAACAUGAACUUUGCUGACAUAGAGCGUGCUAUCUACGAAUUAGGGGAAAAGGCACGGAAAAAUGAAUUGGCCAUUGAAGACAUGGAUGGUGGCACUUUCACAAUCAGCAAUGGAGGAGUUUUUGGGUCACUCUUUGGGACACCUAUCAUUAACCCACCCCAGUCUGCCAUCUUAGGCAUGCACGCCAUCUUCGACAGGCCUGUGGCUGUGGGAGGCAAGAUCGAGGUGCGGCCCAUGAUGUACGUGGCACUGACGUAUGAUCACCGGCUGAUUGAUGGCAGAGAGGCAGUGACUUUCCUGCGCAAGAUCAAGGCAGCGGUGGAGGAUCCCCGCGUGCUGCUGCUCGACCUGUAGAGCAGUCACACCCCCACACAACCCACCCAGGGCAGGGCCGCAGCACCAGCAGGGGCGAUGCAGGGCAUUCAGGAACUGGCAGGGGUCAUUCCAGUCUCCCUCCCUCCGCUGUGAUCGGAGCUGUCCCAGGGAAUUGUGGGGAUAGCUCCUACCUCCUUUCCUGUUCUGUUUCAUGAAGGUUCAGUUUCUCAUGAGGAUUGCUAUACAGUGGGCCAACCACUGACUGGCACUGCCUUUCCAGAGCCAUCUGUAUGGCAUCCUCUCCCUCACAGCACCAAACUCUCACCUCUAGCUUAUCCUAUACCAGUGGAAACUGCUUGCUGCUGCUGUGCUAGGGUACCCUUCCCUGCUGCUCCAAGGUGGGUUCAGCUUUAUUUCCUAGCACCGGGGUUCCUGGGAGGGAGAGGAGAGGAAAGGCUACUGUUCUGUCCCUGUUUUGCUCGAAAAUAUUUCACACUUAUCUGACUUGCAAGGGCAGUCUGGAGACCCCCAGACGGCUUGCAGCAGAGGUUUUGAUCAGAGCAGGGCUUGAGGGAGGUGUCAUGCCUCUGGCAGUGCCCUAGUUACACUCCCUCCACAGACAGGAACGCAGCGAUGGCAGCUCCCCUGCUUUCCCUUGGAGAUCGUUUGUCUCUCUCUUUAGCCUGGUCACUGUGGUGUGAACAUUCAUGUCUGGGUGGGCAGAGCCCGUGAUCUCUGUGGAGGUAGCACUGUUCCUGGGGGACAACCCUUUCACCAUUACAUGCCCGACACGGGGGUAAGAACCAGCCCCCAGCAGCUGUCCUUGAAUCACAGCUCACUGAUGGUGGAUCCGACUGCUGGCUUCCUGCGUGCGAGGGCUUGGCCUGCUACCAGCAACGAGACAGCUGGGCAGGGCCAGCUCUUUAAGUGUAAUGUAUAUCCCAGCUCAAGGCUGCUGGUUUUGGGGGGGAGGGGGGCAGUCCUUAAUCCGAUAGCGCACACAUGUAUUGGGGAGUGAGGGGGUUGCUAGUGCCUGCAGAGUCUAUUACUCUUACCCUCUACACAGAACUUGUAACUAAAAUAUUUAACACAGCGGAUUUUAAAUGAAAUAAAACUGGGCAACAACUGCAA